AUGGUGGCUCAUGCGUGGUUUACGGCUCCCAAUAUCAUUGUCACUGCACUCCUGGAUGGGCAAGACUGUACAGAUAACCUUGACGAGUGUGGCUUCUUCAACCCCUGCCUCAAUGGCGCCACCUGUUAUGAUCUGGUCAACGCUUUCCACUGCGCAUGUCUUCCUGGUUUCUCUGGUGUCACGUGCUACGUCAAUGUUGAUGAGUGUGGUUCUAACCCCUGCCGGAAUGGAGCUACAUGCCGUGAUCUCAUUUCCGGAUUCGAAUGUGAUUGUAGAGAAGGAUUUUUUGGUCAAACAUGUCAAGAGGACAUCAACGAAUGCGCCUCCAACCCUUGCCAGAGCGGCGGAACGUGUUUGGAGCUCACUUCUGGCGGUUUCCAGUGUGCAUGUUCAAAAUUCACCAGUGGCGCCACAUGUAACCACGUGACAUGGACGACUAUUGAUGGAAGAAUGGCGCCAUUUCCUGUUUCUCUGACAUACAAAAGCGACCAGAUUCAUCACUUUGGGAUAAAUUUAGAAAAUGGCGUCGUGAUGCUUUCAACUUCUAGUGGAAAUGACAAGCCACUGUUAAACGUUGCCGAGGUACUUGAGAAAGGCCAGGCGGAAUUAGAGUUAUCAGUGGUGACUGGGCCAACAACCAUCCAGGUGAAGGUUCUUCUGGGAAAAUGUAGAACUUCCGCCGAUGGCAACUACCGAACUAUCAAAUUCGAUGGAAAAGGAAGUUAUGUCACAGCAUUGGUCGACAGAGCGAAAUUCGCCUUUGGCGAAGAUGGGUCUUUCCGUUUCCGAUCGCGUGAUUUAAAUGGAUAUGUUGCGAAAUUCAUCUUCUACACAGAGAGCAAGCCGACCACGUGGCUGAACUUUGAAAUCGUUGACGGCAUUUUGGUUGUCAAGGGUGACGAUGACGAUGGAAAACCUUUUCCUUUCACCCAAGGAAGCUGGGUUACUAUCUCCUGGCAGCGUGAGGGAAGAGACGUGAUAGUCUCGAUGGGUAACUUUGUGGCCAGGAUCGACACCAACUUUUACCCGUACGCUGACGGUCUCGAUGACAGGAUCAUUCUACAGUUUGGUUCUAUUCUUCAGGGCACUAAUGAUGAAGGACAACCAUUCAAAGGAUGUCUCAGCGAUGUUUAUUUCAACGGACAUCGCUUGCUCCUUGCUGACGGAAAUAACCAAGAUGGGGUCUUCAUUCUGAAAAAAGAUAUGUCACCUGGAUGCCAAGUAGAAGAUGCGUGCGCACCAAAUCCAUGUCCAAGUAAUUCGAAUUGCACUGAUAUUUGGGAUGAUUACCAAUGCUCUUGCACGGACGGUUGGGCAGGAAAGACAUGUGAUGUCAGUGCGGAUGACUGCAGCGGAAACCUUUGUCAAAAUGGGGCGACUUGCAUUGAUCAACACCUUGGCUAUUCAUGCUCCUGUAGAUUUGGAACGGAAGGAACAUACUGUGAACGUCUUGUCAACCUUUGCACGGAGCUGAAGCCAUGUACAGUUCUAACGACCGUCGCAUGUGUGCCUGUAUAUCCUGGUGAUUACACUUGCAAGUGUUCUCCGGGCUGGGGAGGCAAAAACUGUACAGAGAACAUUGAUGAAUGUGCAUGUCGACCUUGUCAGAAUGAUGGCCAUUGCGUUAGCGAAAUCAACGGAUACUCGUGCAACUGUACCGAUGACUAUUUUGGGGACAAUUGCCAAGAAAUAAGUGCAUGCACCAUUAAACCAUGUCGCAAUGGGGCUACCUGCAUCCCUACGGACGGUAAGAAGAAUUACUCAUGCAAAUGUGCAGAGAAUUAUGAGGGAAACGUAUGUCAAACCUUCAACGCCUGUCAGACACACCGAUGUGGACAAAAUGGUUCGUGCAUUCCUGCCCCAGGAGGUCCUGGGUAUCUCUGUAGCUGUAAUAGAGGUAGCUAUGGACAGUAUUGCCAGUUUACCGAUGCUUGUGCUUCUACUCCUUGUAAGAACGGCGCAUCUUGCCAACGCCAAAAGAACGACUUUGAAUGCGUAUGCGGCGACCUCUACACUGGUGAAACCUGCGAAAGCAUCAUUGACCAAUGUGAUAAGUCUCCUUGCAUGAACUCUGGGGCUUGCCAAUUUGAUCUUGCACAACCGGAAGCUGGAGUUACCUGCAUCUGCUUAAAGGGUUUUGGUGGUCCAUUCUGCCAGCAGGACAUAGACGAAUGUGUCUCUUCACCUUGCAAAAAUGGCGGUAGUUGCCUCCAAGGUGACCCAGGAAGAGGUUUUAUUUGCAAGUGCAGAAGUGGUUUUAGUGGAAAAUUCUGUGAGAAUGAUAAGGAUGAGUGUUCUUCGAACCCAUGCAAGAAUGGUGGAACCUGUUCCGAGAUCGUUCCUGGAAGGUUUAGCUGUGCUUGUCCGCCAGGGUUUGGUGGAGGAGUCUGUGAGAGUAUCGUAGCAAAGUGUGUUCCUAGUCCUUGUAAAAAUGGUGCGACUUGUAGCGAAAGCAAUCAGGAGACGGACUUUGUAUGCAAGUGCCCUGAUGGCUAUGUUGGUAUGCUCUGCGAAAGAGAUACAAAUGAAUGCCUCUCAAAUCCCUGUAGAAGUGGUGGUUCUUGUAUCGAGAAUGGCCCAGGACUAGGAUUUGCCUGUAGCUGUGUAGUAGGAUUCGAGGGAACUCUUUGUGAAGUCGAUACAAAGGAAUGCCUUUCAAACCCUUGUAAGAAUGCUGGAACAUGUUAUGAAAUCUCCGGAGGAGGUUUCUUAUGCGCCUGUUCUUCUGGAUUCAAAGGAGAGACCUGUGAGAUAGAUAUUCAAGAGUGUCUUUCAAGCCCUUGCAACAAUGGAGCAUCAUGUUUGGAGAGCAUCGCGGGAGGAUACAAGUGUGCCUGUCCAUAUGGUUUCGAAGGAAUAUUCUGUGAGAAGGAGUCUAAUGCCUGUCUGUCUGACCCAUGCAACAACGGAGCAACUUGCUCCACAAGUGACAGGAGUCCGGGGUUUAUAUGUCUCUGUCCAUUUAGCUUUGAUGGUCAGCUCUGCGAAAACGAAAUCAAAGCUUGUCACUCGAACCCUUGCGAAAACCGCGGCACCUGUUCUGAAAAUCUCUCAGACGAUGGUUUUACUUGCCAGUGUCAGGCUGGUUAUGGCGGCAUGUUAUGUGAUGUUGAUGAGAACGAGUGUCUUUCGAACCCAUGUCAGAAUGGUGCAGUAUGCGUCCAGUCGCCGAGUCCAGCUAGUGGGUUUCUCUGCAUUUGUUCACCUGGUUUUAACGGAGUUUACUGUGAGCAAGAAAUGAAAGCAUGCCUUCUGGAACCUUGUAGAAAUAGUGCACCGUGCUCGGAAAAAGCUAACGAUGAAGGCUUUAGUUGUUUGUGUCCAACUGGAUUUGAGGGGAACUUGUGUGAAGUUGACAUAAAUGAAUGCUUGUCAAAUCCUUGCCAGAAUGGAGGAUCAUGUUCUGAAACUGUAGAUGGAAAUGGUUUCAUCUGCAGUUGUUCUCCUCGGUACAAAGGAAGUCUUUGUGAAAUAGAAAUAAGCGCAUGUCUAUCUAACCCUUGCAAAUCAGGUGGAACAUGUCUGAAAGAAGACCAAGGAGACGGUUUCACAUGCAUUUGUCCAUCAGGAUUGAAGGGAAAUGUCUGCGAAAAACUAACCGAUGAGUGUCUUUCAGAUCCUUGCAAAAAUGAAGGAGAAUGUACCAUCAAUGUACCUGGUGGGGGAUUCAAGUGUAACUGCCCAUCGGAUUUUGAGGGAAUAGUAUGUGAAAAUCAAAUAGAACCAUGUCUCUCGGUGCCCUGCAGGAAUGGGGCAAAAUGUUUGAAGUCAAGCCAGGAUGGUUUCUCCUGUGAAUGCCCACAAGGAUAUGAUGGGAUAGUCUGCGAAAAUCGUGUUGAUCCUUGCAGUUCUGCUCCGUGCAAAAGUGGGGGUAGUUGUUCAGACACUGGCUCUGGUUUCAGCUGUAGUUGUCCUCCAGGAUUUGGAGGGAACUUCUGCGAGGUUGAAUCGGAUGAGUGCGCGUCUAAUCCUUGCCAAAAUGGGGCAGCAUGCAAGGACGAAUCAGCAGCCUACACCUGCGUUUGUCUGAAUGGUUUUGGGGGGAAGAACUGUGAGGAGGAUCGUAGGGGCUGCUCUUCUAACCCCUGCCUCAGUGGGGCAACAUGUGUUGAAGUUGCAGACACGUCGUUCACUUGCGAGUGUAUUGCUGGUUUCUCUGGGAUAUUCUGUGAAGUCAACAAGGAUGACUGUGUCGGUCACAAAUGUGAGAACAACUCGACUUGUAUUGAUGGAGUGAGUACAUAUAGCUGUUCCUGUGGGCCAGGUUUCGGCGGGAUAUACUGCAACAAAAUACGAGAUUCCUGUUUUAGUAGCCCGUGUCAAAACGGGGCCUCCUGCAAAUACCAAGGACGAUGUAGUUGUAAGGAUGUUGUAGAAGACUGUGGUUGGUACGAUGAAAGUUGUCAGAUAGAAAAGUGUACCAAAAGCCCUAAUUGCCAAGUCCAUAAGUAUUCCUUUGAAUGCAAUUGCCAUGACAAUGGUUUCCGUGGUGAUUUAUGUAAUCUUGACAUUGAUGAAUGUCAGCAGACUGUCCAAUGCCUUCAUGGUGGGAUUUGUAAAAACUCACCUGGGUCAUUUCAGUGUGAUUGUGCUGGGACCGGAUACGACGGCAAUCGUUGCCAGGACGAUGUAGACGAAUGCGAACAGUUGCCAUGCCAACAUGGUACUUGUGUUAACACUGAUGGAUCUUUUCGUUGCGAAUGUGAAAGUGGUUACUAUGGCGACCGAUGUACUAAGGAUAUUGACGAUUGCCAAAGUUCACCUUGUAAUAAUGGUGGCAUUUGUAUCAACAUCGUCGGCUCUUUCAGCUGUGAUUGCAGCCGCGUUGGUUACCAAGGAAACCGUUGCCAAAACGACCGUAAUGAAUGUGACACAAACCCUUGUAGAAAUGGCGGAAAAUGCGUCAAUACUGUGGGAUCAUAUUGGUGCGAUUGCGCUGGUGUUGGUUUCUUUGGUAACCAAUGUCAAAAUGACCUUGACGAAUGCGCAAACAUUCCAUGCAAGAAUAGUGGAAAAUGUUCGAAUACGCCUGGAUCCUACAAAUGCGAUUGCAGUGGUACCGGUUUCAUUGGUACCUCUUGUACCGAGGAUGAAAACGAGUGCAGCAAAUUACAAUGUCAAAAUGGCGGUAGUUGUGUGAACUCUCAGGGAGGUUACCUUUGCAUUUGUGACAACACUGGAUACUCAGGGGCCAGCUGUGACGUAGAUGAGAAUGAGUGUCUGCUGUCUCCUUGUAAAAAUGGGGGAACUUGUAAAAACACCCAAGGAUCUUUUAGUUGCGCUUGUGGGGGCACUGGGUACGACGGAGGUAGCUGUAGUGUUGAUGUAAACGAAUGCAAUGAAUCGCCAUGCCUACAUGGAGGAAGAUGCUCGAAUACACUUGGGGCAUUUGAGUGCCUCUGUACAGACACUGGUUACCAGGGUGUGCUUUGUGAAGAUGACAUCGAUGAAUGUGAACUAGGACGUUGCAUAAACGGAGGCACUUGCACGAACGUUCCAGGAUCCUUUCUGUGCGAUUGUACUGGUACUGGUUAUAAUGGUAAUCGUUGCCAGAAGGACGAGGAUGAGUGUCUUGCAACGCCUUGCAAAAAUGGUGGAAAAUGCGUCAAUACGUACGGUGCUUAUUAUUGCAAUUGCAGAGACACUGGUUACAGUGGUGACACAUGUCAUGUGCUUUCUGAUGUAUGUGCAUCAGUGCCAUGCAAAAAUGGCGGAAACUGUAACAACAAAAAUGGCCGAUUUGAAUGUGAUUGCACCGGCUCCGCAGCAGGUUUCCGUGGCGAUUUGUGUGAACUUGAUCAGAACGAAUGCGAAUCCUCACCUUGUAGACAUAAUGGGAAAUGUUUAAACAGCUACGGUAGUUAUGCGUGCGAUUGCAAAGACACUGGUUACCAAGGCAAACACUGUGACCAUGAAAUCGAAGAGUGUGCAGGUGCCCUCUGUCUGAACAUCGGCCGCUGCACGAAUACGGAUGGCGGCUAUCAUUGUAACUGUACAGGCACUGGAUAUGCGGGAGAACGAUGUGAAUCCGAUGUCGACGAAUGUUCGGAAGUCAACGUUAUAUGCCAAAAUGGAGGUACUUGCACCAACUUGCCAGGUACCUACCAGUGUACAUGCCUGUUAAACUGGACAGGAAACAACUGCGAGCAAGACAUUUCAAACCCGUGCGACAACAUCCCCUGCAAGAACAACGGAACUUGCCAAAAUAUCGAAAAUGGCAUCAAGUGCUUUUGUGAGGGUUCCGGUUUCCAUGGUGUUAGAUGCCAGGAUGAUGUGGAUGAGUGCAAAAUCGGAAGUGAUAUCUGUCAAAAUGGCGGCAGAUGCAUCAAUACGAUUGGAAAUUACACAUGCCAGUGUCCUUUACUAUUUACAGGGCCCAAUUGCCAACAUGAAGUCGGAAAACAGUCCGAAGCAGAAGAUGACAAUGACAUCACCGCCGUUUUGGUCGUCAUCUUCAUAACCCUACUUUUUGCCGUUGUGUUUGUUGUGGCAGCAGUGCUUUUGUACCGCCGGAACAGGAAUCUUAAAGGACAGUAUCUACCUUCAGAAGUGGAGAGUCAAUUCACUGCAAAACGGAUGAGGUUUGCCAGAAUGAUUGAUAGCUCAUCAGAAAAAUUGGUGUGAUGUAGCAUUUCUUAUAUGGGUUGCAUCUUGAAUUGUUACUGGCUUCAGUUUCAUCACCCGCCGAACUGUUCUUCCAGUAGGAGUGAAACCAUAAGGUUGCGAUGGGUUGGCCGGGGUUCGAGGUCAGUGUCGUCGUACUUAGAAAAAGGCAAUGAAAAAU